GUGAGUAGUGAUAUCAUUACUACUUAUAUUUAAAAUGAGAAUUCACAUAUCCUAAUUAACGAAACUCAGUACUAGAUCUUAAUUUGGUUUUUCACCUUUCAGUUAUAACCUCAAAUGAUUUAAACACAUAAGACAAAGUAAUUGGAAUGGAAAUGAGUCAUGCUGAUCUUAACUUCUUGGGCUUGUGUUCGCUCCGAAGAGCAUGAAUUACCAACACACCGUCUGUUUGAUUAUAAAGAAAGUGUUUAUCAUUCGGAUUUUCAAAGUUCUCUUCCUAAUGAUGAUCUUUUUGUGCCUAUUACAGAUUUGGUAAUAUGGGUAGAUCCCUUAGACGGAACUCAAGAGUAUACAGAUGAGUUAAUCAGAACUAACCAUGUGAUUCGUCAUAUAGAAACCUAACUGAGCUGAAUGGGUAAGAAUGACGCAAUGUUUGAAUGAACUACAAUAUGCAUGACUCAAUUACCAACUGACAUAGAAGGUAGAAAAAUACGUAUUCUAGUACAAAGAGCUCUAUUAGUCACUUUUAUACAAUCCAUAGAUGUUUGUGUCCUACCUCUGGUUAACAGAAUGAUGUGGAUUGACCUCCCUCCAGCCAGUCACAGUAUCGUGAGUGUGGGCGCACCAGUUACUUUUCCGCAUCUUUACCUUUUUUGUUUAAUGUAUAUAUCUGAUUAAUAUAUGUGCCAUGUAACUAUUUCUCACAGUUUAUUUUGUCUUAUUUCUGAAUGUGCUAUGGUAGAAGGCUUAAAUGAAUAUGUUAGCGUCAUGAUAUGUAUUGUACUUCAUGAUCACCCAAUAGCUGGUAUUAUCCAUCAGCCAUUUCUUAACAAAACAUACUGGGGUUGGGGUUCAUAUGCAUUAUCAUCUGAUUUACAAAUGGCUGUAAAUUCUCGUCCUGUUCAUUCGUUAAAAAACGAUUUGUCGAUUACUUAUUCACGUUCACAUUUAAACGAAUCACUCAUAAAAGAUUUGACCAAACUUGUAUAUCCGAAACCAGUUCAUUUUAUACCAGCAGGUGGUGCGGGCUUUAAAGCUAUCAGUCUUAUCAAAGGAGAUGCAGAUGUGUAUAUUCACCCAUCAACUACACGUCGGUGGGAUGUUUGUGCACCACAAGCAAUCUUGGAAUCUGUCGGUGGUCGUCUUACCGGACUGCAUGGUUCUCCUCUUGGAUUUGGCUCAAAAUCUUCUUCAGGUAUACAAAGCGAAAUGGGCCUCUUCGCCGCUGCAGAUCGUGUGUUGUAUGAUAGGUGGAAUACCAAAAUUUCCGAUUUCUUUAAAACCUGA